UGAUGGCCCAGUCCAAUUAGCAUUAUGGAAUGGUUGAUUUCCGCUUCAUAAUCUAUUUCCUUCCUCCGUCCUGAAAAUAUUAUAAAUAGCCUUCCCGUCGGCUGUCAAGCGAAAGCUCUCGAUCUCUCUCCAAUACGAAGUAAACCGAAGGAACACGAAAUCUAUCUCUCUGUUUGCAGAUCCCUGUGCAGCUCUAUAUUGAUUGUGCAAUUUGCAGUUUCUUUCGAGUUUUUCCCCCGGAAUGGCUGCUGAGCAUAAACCAACGACCGAGGACGUAAAGAUGGACCUCUUUGAGGACGAUGAUGAAUUCGAGGAGUUCGACAUCAAUCAAGACUGGGAUAACAAGGUGGAAGUAAAAGAGGCGACACAGCAAUGGGAAGAUGACUGGGACGACGAUGAUGUCAAUGAUGACUUCUCACUGCAGCUGAGGAGGGAAUUGGAGAACAACGUGGUGAAGAGCUAAGGUUGAAGAGUUGUGUUUUGGUGACAUGGGAAUGAAUGUGUUUGGAAAGCUUAUUUCUUACUCUAGCACUUGCUUUCUGAACUAAUCUUUUUGUCAUCAGAUGUUAGCAUCUCUUGGUUUGUACUUGAUUGGUUCGAACCCUUCUUACUGCUAUUACUAUUAGUGUUAAUGGUAAAGCUUACUGAUGCCUACUUCCAUAAUUUAGCAAUGAAGUCUCUUGGCAUCCAACCAACUGGUGAUACUGUUAUGAAUAUUCAAUCAUGUCCUUGCCAAGUGGCU